CAAAUUCAAAACCAAACCUUGCGGUUAACGGUGUAAUUACAAGUUGCUCUAGAACAGAAUGAUUGCAACAACCAGAUCUGGAACAAAAGACACCGGAACGAGGAAAAGCUGAGUUCUUAAAAGGAGCUGUAGGGUAGUAAACAGGCUGUCCCACGUGAUCCUAUUUAGAGCCUCUGACUGAUUAUACGCGGUCAGUUGGCGCAACCAAAGAGACAAAUUGCGCCAAUACCAACAAAUCAGAGUAGUGGACACAACGUGAUCCAAAUGGUGGCCAAAGGCUAGUUGGUACCUGCUACGUUCGAAUAGACGUACAUAUAAUAAAUGAGAGAGCGGAAUUUCAUCUGAGUCUACGCUACAAAGAAAAAUAAAAUUAUUUGCUUUCCAAAAAGAAAAAAAACUAAAAGGGGAGAUGUUGUAGUGGAAAUGGUACACCCCUCUCAAGUGAGACGACGUCAAGCAGUAGAGAGAGUCGUGUGUCAGUCGUUGUACAAGUUCUCAGUUGGAGUUAAGUGUCAGUUGCGUUUUAUAGUGGAGUUCGAAUUACAGUCAAGAUAGACGGUUCAAAGUCGGUGUCUUGCAGAGCUAUCAGUGAUAGCACAAUAGACGAAGCGGUGUAUUACCAUUUUGGUAGAGAAGAGAUACACUGUGUCUGAUACCAAGAAAAUAUUGUGGCUGCUAGAGUAGAUAUAACUACAGUCACAACAAUGGCCACACAUUAUAAUUGGAAAGCAUAACGUCAUAACAUGAAGCAAUGGAACAAUAGAAAAUUAUAGACUAUUAGAGGUAUCGAUCAAGAAAUAAAUCUUCUUUGAUUGGAUGAAGGACGCCCACACUCUUGGAUGUCAAAGGAACUGUUGGAAAAAUCGUAUGAACGAUUGCGAAAACCCCAAAAUGAUUGCACGAAGACGGCACACCCAUUACAACCAGGAGACUGUCCAGCUCCUGGAAGGUUCACCAAACUUGAACACUAAUUCAACUUUAACUUCUAAAUCUCCACCACGAGAUAUAUUAACAGUCCCAGAAGGUACAUGCCGUGAUCGAACCAAUGAAUUCUUAUCAGCUGUAAAAUCGAUGCAAUCAAGAAGAUUCAAUGGUCUUGUUUCAGUCCAGCAAAACCGCAGCCAACCUCAAACUACAGAAUUCACAUUGAGAUCUCGGUCAGUUGGGAAAAAUCUUGCCAACACAUCAUUCAAACUAGAGAAACUGGCUUUGUUGGUUAAAAGAAGUUCAAUGUUUGAUAACAAACAAGGGGACAUUGAAGAACUGAUUUUUAUCAUCAAACAAGACAUAACAAGUCUAAACAAACAGAUAGCUGCACUUCAAGAGGUUGCCAAGAUGCCACAUACCCAUCUCGGGAAACCACAACGCAGGAGUCAUUCCAAUUCAGUAGUUGUUGCACUUCAGUCAAGAUUAGCAACAAUGUCUAAUACCUUCAAGGAGGUUUUGGAAGACCACACAAGUAAAUUACAACAGGAAAAACAACACACUGAAUCAAUGACAAUGCCAACGAGGACCAACAAUUCCUUAAUGAUGGAAGAACAACAAGGUGAUCUAGUAAUUAACAUGGACUCUAAUGAUGCUCAGAGGAGGCAGGACCAAACUCAUUUAGUUGAACAACGUGAUGCAUUUCUGGAGGAACGAGAGCAGUCCGUGCAGAACAUCAAUACCACAAUUGUUGAACUGGGUACGGUUUUCCAACGUCUUGCCACAAUGGUCAAAGAGCAAGAAGAACUGGUACACAGGAUUGAUUCCAAUGUUGGUGACGCUGAUAUGAAUAUUGAAGCUGCACACACAGAAUUACUGAAGUACUUCCGGUCCAUUUCCACAAAUCGAUGGUUAAUGAUCAAAAUAUUCAUAGUUCUUAUGAUAAUUUUUGUUUUCUUUGUCAAAUUCAUACUGUAAUUUAUGCGAUAAAAAUAACUAUUAUUAUUAUUAUUAUUAUUAUUUUAUAAUUAAACUAUAAACAAUUAUAUUUACACUCUUCAUA